AAGUACCAUGCUUCAUUCGUGCAAACUGAACCUACCGGCUGCUCAUGUGGAACGCCACGUCAAACGCGAGAGCACUUAUUACGUGGCUGUCCGCUAUUCACAUGCCAACGCAUCCACUUGCGCGCAGUAUCCCACAUCAGCAUACUCAACAAGAUCCUGGGUAUGGAGAGGGAGAUAGAGGCGCAAGCAAAACUCAUUCAUGAGCCUGACGCUUUCAAGGAG